GGAGACAAGUGUCCGGAGGGAAAGGGCUCGUCGUAAAUGGCACAUACGUCUGGUUUGGGUUCGGCCCGUUCGAAACAAAGAGAUCAUGGCGGCUGUCUGUAGUUGUUGCAUGCAGAGGGAGGGGAGGCAAACGGGAGACCAACAUAAACCCAGGAUUUUCCCCAAGCGAGGAUUCACAGGAGUUAGAAGACGGUGUGAAGAUUCUCUCCAAGUGUCCCAUUUAUAGGUGUUGGCUCAGAUGAAAAUAACAUAAGGUUCUUCACGUAUGUUCCUUGUCCUGGCUCACCAGCUAACUCAAUGACCAUGGAGUCGGGAACCGAUGCCCAGCAGGGUGCAGACACUGCUGUUUCUGAAACUGAAAGCCAACAGAUCACCCAGGCCCAACUCGCCACUCUUGCUCAGGUGACAAUGGCUGCAGGUGGACACGCUACCGCCACGGGGCCAACUGUCACGCUUGUGCAGCUGCCCAAUGGUCAGACGGUGCAGGUGCACGGAGUGAUCCAGGCAGCUCAACCUUCAGUCAUUCAGUCUCCACAUGUGCAAACUGUCCAGAUUUCUACAGUAGUAGAGAGCGAGGACUCACAAGAGUCUGUGGACAGUGUGGUCGACUCUCAAAAACGGAGAGAGAUUCUUUCUAGACGCCCCUCUUAUAGGAAAAUCCUGAAUGACCUGUCAUCAGAUGCUCCAGGAGUUCCGAGAAUCGAAGAGGAGAAAUCUGAGGAGGACAGUGCACCUGCCAUCACUACAGUGACCAUGCCAACCCCGAUUUAUCAGACCAGCAGUGGCCAGUACAUCGCUAUUACACAAGGUGGAGCUAUUCAACUGGCCAAUAACGGAACAGAUGGAAUGCAGGGGUUGCAGACCCUCACAAUGACAAAUGCAGCAGCUGCCCAGCAGGGCACUACCAUCCUGCAAUACGCCCAGACCAGUGAUGGUCAACAGAUUCUUGUGCCAAGCAAUCAGGUGGUUGUACAAGCUGCUUCUGGAGAUGUUCAGGCCUAUCAAAUCCGUACUGCCCCCACCAGCACUAUUGCCUCAGGUAUGGUCAUGGCAUCCUCCCCCUCCCUGCCAAGCCAAGGAGGCACUGAAGAGGUCACACGAAAAAGGGAAGUCCGCCUUAUGAAGAACAGAGAAGCUGCGCGCGAGUGCCGUCGGAAGAAGAAGGAAUAUGUCAAGUGUCUGGAGAACCGUGUGGCUGUUUUGGAGAACCAGAACAAAACGCUCAUAGAGGAACUCAAAGCUCUGAAAGACCUGUACUGUCACAAAUCGGAGUGACACGGCACCCGUUCUCUUCUCAUUCUGUCGGAUUUACUCGUACAGGGACUAACGGUUGAGUGACCCAGACACGGACGCAUGUUUUCUAAUUGUUUUCUUUUUUUAUUGCUGCAGACUGCCUGUUUGAACACACAAGAACACGAGGGAACAGAACAGAUACCUCCUGGCCAAAAAAAUCUUUUGAAUUAUUGGGUCAUGUCAUUAAAGAAAAAAAAAAACGCUUGAAAAACUUUACUGUUGACAUAAACAAAGUAGAACAUUCUCAAACAUCUUCACUCCUGGACUCAAACUGAGGAGGGUUUUGUGGGAAUUAUUAGUUUUUUUCAGUGUGCUGGUGUAUAAGUGGUUGACACAUUUUAAAAAUAGAUAUAAAUAAUGAUAAAGAACAAUUUAAGUGACAUCUCUGUAGUGCAGUAGAAAUCAUCUCUUAGCUGAGAAAUGGAGUUGACAACAUUCCCUCUUGAGAUUUAAAAAGUUGAACGUGUCUGACUGUUACACUUAUUUUGUGUAUAGUGCUCUUGUGUUUUAAGUUCAUGUUUUUACCUUUAAAUAUCAUCUAGCUUUCAGCUAAGUACAAUAUAUAAAAGUAUAAUUGAUUUAAAGAGUCUAUGCCAUUUAUAAACUGAAAUAUUCGUGUGUACACAGAACAGGAUUAUUACCCGCAAAUAUUUCAUAUUUUUCAUUUUGGGUGAGGUAAUUGUUUUUAAUUUUAUUGUUUACAAUUUUGCCAUUAGUAGUAGCAACAAAUGCACAAACAAAAAACAAUUGUUUUGGACAUUUGGUCACUUAAUUCAGUAAAAUCAUAGGAAUUGGGAAUUUUGUGUAACAUGUAUCAAGUUAAGAUGAUUCUUGACACAUGUUGGCAUAUUACUCAUGUUAUGCUUUGUAUAUCAUAGACCUAUUGGAUUUAAUACUGCAUUCUGUCUCUGGCAUUAUUAGGCUAAAGCAUGUUUUGUAAAUGUUAUAUUAUUGACUUUGGUAUCAUAAUAUGGUCAAUUUUCUAUUGCGUCACUACGAACAUGGAGACAAUGUCUUCAUGUGAUCACACUAGUAGAGAGUAAAACAUUAUCAGUCUUUUAUGGCAUAUGCAUUUUGGCAGCUAUUUCAUAAAAAAGAUGUGUAAAAUGUGUUUCUCUCUGUUUAUGUUUGUCUGCAUUAAAUAAUUGUCUGGCUUUUUUAAGAAACAACUAGUAAUUUUGGUUGCAUGUUUGCCUUUAUCAGCGUUAGUUUUUUUACUUCUGCCCUGUCUUUGGUGACAAGUUGCCUUGGCUUUUUGAUCUAGAAAGAGAGAUUAAAACUUGCAACCCUUUCUAAAUGAAACCCUGGUAAAUACUCUUUAAAUUAAUUGUAGAUAUUGUUUAAAAGCAAAGCUAAAAAUUCGAACAUAAAGACAUUUAAUGGGCCACAGUGAAGUUUUGUGCUGAAAUAAAACUUUUGUCAUCUAUUUAAACUCUGACAGAGGUUUUAAAUUGUAAGCUGUCUGCCUGAAGAGUCAUUUACGUGCUCAACUCAAGCGGAACAAAUUAAAGAAGUCAGGACAGAUCUGCACCCUCACUGAGGCUGUGCAAGCUGACACACCUCUCUGUGAUCCCCUAAAAAGCAAUAAUAAUGUUCUGACCCAAGAAUUUAAAUGUGAAUUGGCUCAUUAAAGAAGAGGGCAACUUCAAUAGAAAUUCAUUGAGUUUUGAUGAUAAGAUGUUUUUGUGUGUGUCUUUCUCUUUAAUAAUGAAUCUUCUAUGUGUUGAGGUUGACCUAAAGCCAUGCAGGUUAAAUUCAUGCAUAUGCAUUAUCAAUCAAUUACAAGCAAUCUUUGAUGUUAAAAACAUUAUUCAACUAUUUUGGAUAAACACAUCAUGCACUUUUUGUAUGAGCUUUCACCUUUUGGACACUAUGUACAGUAAUGUUGGGUUUUAUAGUCUUUCAAAGGUAUAGAGAUGUGUACUAUGUGACAUGGCUUACAUUUUUAGAAGCUUCUUACUCUUACUGUUACAAAACAAUUGUGUAAACCCAUUGUUGUUCCCCCACUUUUGUACACAAUAAUGUAAAGCUUUAAUAAAAUACUGAUACUACAUGAGGUAUAGUAACUGCUGUGCACAAGUGUGCUCUCUGAACAUUGGUGUUGCAUUCAUAUACAGUAAAACCUUACAACUAACUUUUUUAUUAUUUGUGUAAUAAAUUAUUUGCAUACAAUGCCUUAGUUAAAACUAUAGUUCAGAUCAAUUUAUGU